UAUGACGUGGUCAUUUUUUGGCUAACUAUCGACUGGUCACACUGCCGGGCAACCGAAUCGAAAAAACAGCGAUUGGACAUUUUUGUGCGAGUGUAAGGUUCGAUUCCGAUCUGGCUGGUUGUCUGACGGACGUGCUGUGUCUCUUUUGUUGUGUUUUUUUUGCGAACGAGCGAAGAGCGACAGGACCUCUGCGCCCGUAUUCAAACUGAUUUUUUUUAUUGUUGCAAUGCAAUAUUCGCGGAACGAAUAACAACAACAUACAUAACUCAAAAUUCAAGUGCAAAGCAAAUACAAAUCAAACACAAAAGAAUAAGCAACGAAAUAAAGAUAUAUAGAAAAGAAAAACAAAACGAAAAAAUUCGCAAAUUUUUUCUGUCUUGUCCAGUGGAAAAUACAACAAAUAAACAACAACAACAACGGCUAAAUCAGUUAACAAUCUGUUCAAAACCAAUCAACAAAAUGUCUGCUGAUAUUCUGCAGAAAUCAAGAGAGCAGGAUGACUCGCACUAUUUCGAGCGUGGCGAUAUAUCCAAAUACGUAACGAUGAACGAUCACUUGGGUGAUUUCGAUUGCAUCGACCGCGAGGUGCGGAAGGAAAUAAGGAUGCUGCUCACCCACGGCGCUAACUUGGAGCAGCAGCACCAGCAGCAGCCACAUCGCCACCAUGGCGGCCUCACACGCACCAUUUCACAGCCGGCCCAGCUCAUCCAGCAGCAGCAACACCAACAGCAGCAGCAGCAGCAGCAACAGCAGCAGCCACCUGUAGCCAGUCUGGUGACCAUCACCGAGAACCUGGGCAACAUGAACCUGCACCGCAAGCUGGAGCGAACCCAGUCGGAGCCACUGCCGCCACAGCAGCCGAUGAACACAUCCAGAUACAAGACCGAGCUGUGCCGUCCGUUCGAGGAGGCCGGGGAAUGCAAGUACGGCGAGAAGUGCCAGUUCGCCCAUGGAAGCCACGAGCUGCGAAACGUGCACCGUCAUCCCAAGUACAAGACGGAGUACUGCCGCACCUUCCACAGCGUGGGCUUCUGUCCCUACGGACCGCGCUGUCACUUUGUUCACAAUGCGGACGAGGCCCGCGCCCAACAGGCGGCCCAGGCAGCCAAGUCCUCCCCCCAGUCGCAGUCGCAGCAGUCGUCGUCGCAGAACUUCUCGCCGAAGAGCAGCCAGAGCAGCAAUCAAAGCAGCAACAGUAGCAGCAGCAGCAGCAGCAGCGGCGGUGGCGGCAACAGCAACAACAACAACAACGGUAGCCAGUUCUAUCUGCCGCUGAGCCCACCGCUGAGCAUGAGCACAGGAUCGGACCGGGAAUCGCCCACCGGAUCACUGUCCCUCAGCCCCACCAACUCGAUGACCAGCUUCCCGUUCCACGAUGCCCUGCAGCAUGGGUAUUUGGCCUCGAAUGGCGCCAAGAGCAACAGUUCCGCCUCGUCCACAUCAUCGGCCUCUGGAAUGGGUCUGGGCAUGAGCAUUGGCAUGGGCCAGGGCAUGAUCAUCGGUCAGGGCUUGGGAAUGGGACAUCAUGGACCGGCCACACCGCCGGAGAGCCCCAAUGUGCCCAUAUCGCCAGUGCACACGCCGCCGCCGUACGAUGUGACGGUCAAUGGAUCUGGAGCGGGCAACAAUACCGUCGGCAGCAAGCAGCUCCUGCAGAAGAGCGUCAGCACACCGAUGCAGCAGGAGGAUACGCCCAGGUUGCCGGUUUUCAACCGUCUCAGCUCCGGUGUGGAGGCCUACCAGCAGCAGUCCAAUUUGGGACUCUAAGCGCGUGGCAGUCUGCGAAACAAAAUUGAAUUGAAACACCAUCCAGCAUCCUACUCACGCCCAUCCAAGCAUCCCUCCAUCAACAAACAGCAUCCUUGACAAAAUCUCAGUAACGACCAAACCAUGGAAACUGAAAACAAAACUACUCUCGCAGUCCAAUUUGAAACGCAAAUAUCCCAAGGCAAAUGGAUUUCCGGUGGCGUAUCUUCGAUGCAGAACCAGUGUGUAUCAAGUAUACGCCACCGAAAAAACAGAACACUGCCAAACACAGACACCGCUUAAUCCUUGAUAUCAAUUCUCUCAUUGCUGUGACAGUCAAACGUAAUCGUUAUACAAUAAUCGUUAUGUGAGAAGGACCGAAUUACAGACUACUACGGGACAAUUAGUUAGAUAGAUACGUAAAUGACAAACAAACAAUCCAAGCAAACGAUGAUCUUAAACUAUAACUAAAUACUAAAAACUAACAAAAACGAAAACAAAACAAAAAAAAAACAUAGCAAGCAUGAAAGCUAUAGCUAAACAAAACAUUCUUAUGAACUGGACAAUAUACAAAGACGGAGAUAACGAAAAGGACUAUUGGGAAUCUUCAGCGAAUGUUGCUCAAAUCAAAUCAACAAAACCCACGGCCAACGACGAAUGUGAAAAUCGUUCCUGCAUUUAUAGAAACUACUGCAGUGCAUCCAUUAGAACAUAUGCACAUGCACACCUGUCGCUUUUGUUCAAUACUUAUAGGCCGCACAAUUUGGAUAGGUCUCAUGUAAAAAAUUGAUUACCGGCUUGUAUAUAUAUAUUUAUAUAUGCAUAUAUGGCCACCACCUGUGUAUAUAUAACUUUUGAUGUGGAUAAAUAGAGAGCGAGAUAGAGAAGAAGAGUAGAGAGUAGAGAGUUGGUCCGAUGUCUUCCAAUCCAAGCCAAGCCAAUCAAUCAAUCAAUUAAUCGAUCCAUUCAAAUGAGAAUGAUAGACGGACAGAAAGAAAGCUACGAAAAUUCUUUAAUUUAUUAUUUUUGCUAAAAUUUAUGUAAUAGAGAACGUUAUGUACAUACGAGAGUUAAUAUUUUGAUAAAGAUAAUAAAUUAUAAUUACCAAUUA